UUUAGUUCUGUUCCUCCACAUGCAUGAUACGUCGCAAGGUAGUUUUAUGCGGUGAUGAUGUAAAUAUGGUGGUGGCGAGAUCGUGGUGGUGUACUAAAAAGUGCCGCGUGAUAAUGGCCACGAAUACCCCGUUAAAGUCGUUCUCGAUAAACGCGCUAUUGCCUGAAACGGUUGUGGAUCGACGAAGUGUUACGCCAGAGAUUGAGGAUGAUGGGGAGGAAGAGAGAAACGGGGUGGGUGGUGGUGGUGGUGUUACCGACGCGAGUGAUUCCGAGUCGGAUCUGGACGUUACCGGUACUGGUACGCCACCUCUGGAUUGCUCUAGUAAAGGAAACGCGGAGGUUGGAGAGAAAGAAACUGAAGGAGAAGAUAAAGAGAAGAAGGCGAACGACAAGCCCCCUUACAGUUACAACGCGUUAAUAAUGAUGGCAAUCCGCAACAGUCCAGAAAAGCGGCUCACCCUUAACGGAAUUUACGAGUACAUCAUGAGGAAUUUUCCUUAUUAUCGAGAAAAUAAGCAGGGCUGGCAGAACUCCAUCCGCCAUAACCUCAGUCUCAACAAGUGUUUUGUUAAGGUACCUCGGCACUAUGACGAUCCGGGCAAAGGGAACUACUGGAUGCUGGACCCAUCAGCCGAAGACGUUUUCAUCGGCGGUACGACCGGAAAACUCCGAAGGAGAUCAACAGCCGCCUCCCGAAGCCGCCUCGCCGCCUUCAAACGCACCUUAUCCCUGUACUCACCCUUACAAAACUGCUAUUCCCCCUUUUACCCACCCUCUCCGGCUUUAUUGGCCGCUUACUCCCGUUACAACCCUUAUCUGCAUCCGGCGAUUCCUCGUCUCACCAUGCCAGGUAAUCCCUCCUUUCCUUUGGAAAAGAUGAUGACCGCAUCAGCACCAGAUUUAUCAAAUUUACCGGGUUUGGCCAACAUAUCUCCCUUCUUACGACCACCGGCCUCACUGUUACAAAUGUACAGUAAUUUGAGAUUGGCCAACCCUUUGCAGUACCCUCUGCAACUGCCUUUAAUGAAUUUCGGCAGUCAGGGCUUACCGGGGGUAAGUUUACCGUCAGGAGCUGGAGUUUCACCUCCGGAAGCGGGACCUCCUGCUGCCCCUGAAGGGUUGUUGAAACCCGUUACAGUGAUAACUAGGAAUAAUUAGGGUAGAACUAUGGGAUAUUAAACUUAAAGCCACAUUAGAGUAAGGUAUUUAACAUUGUCAGAGCUUACAAUUAUCUUUAGUUUAAACUUAAAACUUUAAAUUACAAUACAAUACAAAACGUUUACUCUUUUACAAAUUUCAAUUUACCAUUCUACUAUUUAAAAGAAAAUAUGAAAUAAAAUGUUCUCAGUCCACCGAAGCUCAAAGAUCAGUUUAGGGUAAUUCUUCCAUAAAAUUAAGUUAUGGUGUUUGCUGUACUUUGUGUAUUUUUAUUUAUAGAGAACAAAAUACAAAAAUGUCUCUAGGUGAGCAGCAUCUAUAAGUAAACAAUUGAUACGAUUAGGCCAGACAAUAGAACAAACAGUAAAUUAAUGGGGAAGAGAACAGUAACACAGGAGUGCAUUUGUAAAUUAAAACGUUUAAUUAUAUUAAUCGGUUUAAUUGCAGUCAGAAAAAAAUUAUUAAAAUCAGCAGCCAUGUUGAAGAAAUCGGUAGAAGAGACAAUAGAGCUUCUAAUCUAUGUAAAACACAGCAAUUCAAACGUGGGUGGCCUAAAAUUGUAAAACAAUUUUAACUUAAAUGUCGAUUAUGUUAAAUAACUUAAUGCAUUGCUGUCACCUAGAACAUUAACCUCAAGCUUGGAGUUUGCUUGUCAAAUUGGCAGAAACAGACUUACAAAUAAUUUCUUUUUUUAACGAAGUAUAAUUAUCGUUAAUAUAUUAUAUUUAAUUAUCAUUUAUACAAUAAAACCUGGAUGUUAAUAAUUUUUAAUUAAGACAUAAUACUACAUGUUCUUAUAUUUGUCACUUAACUGUAUAUUUUAAGUUCUAACUGAUAUUUGCAAAAAGUUUAGUAAAUAUUUAGAAUUAUCAGUUAGAUAAAUUAAUUGCCACUUAAUUCAAAUAUAUAUUUAAAGUACAACCGUAAAUGGCACUUAAAAUUUUAUACAUAUACAAUUAUUAAGCGUUUUUAAUAACUAAAUAUUGUUUUAAUCAAGUGAACAAUGUUAACUCUUCAACGUAUUUAUUGACAUUUUAUACUUUUAAAUUGUCGAUCUAAUUUACAAUAAUUAAUUAAUUCUUGCAAAUAUAAACGGAUUAUUUGCACAACCCGGACGUUAAUCCCAUUUUCCAUAACGAUUUUUCGCGUUAUACGACAGAUAAUUCAUGCGUUAUUUUGUAUCCGGCUCGUUUAAUAUGCAAAUUAUUUAUUUAACAUGUAAAUAUUUUAAUUUAAUAUUUUGUAUUUAGGUGUAAAUAUAAUGAUUAAUGUAAAUAUUUUAAAAAUAUGUAAAUAAUUGUUGUUGGAUAACGGAAAGAUUAAGAAGAGGGUUAAGGGCUUAAACGGGCUUUUCUUGUAUUCAUACCGAUAUUUUCAAAUUUGAAUUUAAUCAGUAAACAUGCUUUAAAAUUGCUUAUUAUGUCCUUUAUUAAUUUACAUUCAUAAUAAAUGCACUUUCGUAUUAUGUUUAUAUAAAUAGUUAAACACAAUAUUUGUAGCCUUUCUGUGAUGUAUAUAGUGUAUAUUAGUAAAUAUUGUAGAGCAAUAAAUUUUUAUUAUGUCA